AUGUGCGAACGACGAACAAAGAAAUACGCCUGCAGCCGCUGCUCCAACUUCAUGUUCAUCAGCACCCCCAGAGAAAUCGAUUGCCAGUGGAAGGGCAGAGGAAAAUGCUGCGGCCGGCUCGAACAGAUCGAUGUUAUCAAAUGCGAGCCUGCCCUCUGCACUCGCUGCUCCUCAUUCCCAGCCAACCCACUUCCGUUCGUCGAUAAACCCGAUGUUCCUCCCCUUGCGGAACACGAUGUGCGACGCUCCUAUUCGCUCAUGAACAAGAAGGAGCAAGACCACUACAUUCGUGAUUCGAGUCUUCAAAAGACCAGAAAGACAUACUUGACUGGUGCCACCAAUCCAGCGCAGGAGGAGCGUAACGCUGAACUCAAUUGGAUACUGUCUCGCUGGCUAACACGUCGUCCCGAAUUGAUGAAGAUUAAAGAACCUACGGACGAGGCCAAGGAGGACGCCAAGAACGAACUUGAAGAUGAUGCCAAGCAAGAAACCAAAGAGGAUCCCGAGGAUAAUACCAACAACGAGUCAAAGCAAGAGUCCAAGGAAGAGUCCGAAGAGGAAGACAAAAAAGGAUCCGGAGAAGAUUUCAGGAAAGAGCCCGAGGAUACGAAGUCCAACAAAAGGUCCAAGAAGGGGCCCAAGGCUAAGCGUAAGGGAAACUGA